CUCCGGAGACAUCACCUUGCUCUGAAGUUGCCCACCUGGAGGAGGUAAAUCGGAGCGGGGCUUUCGUCCAGAGGGGUCGGCGACGGCGGGGAAGAGGAGGAAGCGAUCGCCUCCCCCAUCCCCACACACCCUUGUCCUCCGGGAGGAAGCUUGUGUAGCAGAAGAACACGGCAGAAAAGGAGAGACUUCUACUUCUAUUUUUUCCUUCCUUUUUUUUUUUUUUUUUUUUUUACAUUUUUCCUUCCUUGAGGGACGUUCCGUGCUUCUCGUCCUCCCCUUUACCUUCUGGCUGGGGGCUUUGGUACUGUGGCCAGGUCUGCUUCCUACUCCCACCCCUGGUUUUAAUGGCUGGAUUGUGGCAGCAGCUCUCUGCUGCAGGUUGUUGAGGAUCUGAUGGGGACUCGCAUCUCAGGAGCCGGAGGUGAAUAAAGCAAUGUCAAAUACGGUACUCUGCAAAAAAUAGUGUGUGGAUUUCUAGCACCUGAAGAACAAGAAAAGGUCUCAGACUCUGGAUACUGGCUGUGGGAUUUUUUUAUUACUAUUAUUUUUGAUUGUUUUUUUCCCAUUUUUGGAUGUGAAUUGAAGGCCAACAGUUGAAGUGUUGGAAGCAAGUACAGGAGGACUCUCACCUUUUUGUUUGAACCCUUGUUUGCUGGGAUACUUUCAAGCUCUCCUUCACAGUCAUGUGGUCAUCACAGCUGCUCUUCUUCACAAUGCUCUUAACACCGAUAGCCCAUGCUUUCAGCCGAGCCCCGGUCCCCAUGGCUGUGGUCCGAAGGGAGCUGUCCUGUGAGAGUUACCCCAUCGAGCUGCGCUGCCCGGGAACAGAUGUUAUCAUGAUCGAAAGUGCCAACUACGGGAGGACUGACGAUAAAAUCUGUGACUCUGAUCCUGCUCAGAUGGAGAAUAUCCGCUGUUAUCUGCCAGAUGCCUAUAAGAUUAUGACUCAAAGGUGCAGUAAUCGGACCCAGUGUGCAGUUGUUGCUGGCCCUGAUGUGUUUCCAGACCCAUGCCCUGGGACAUACAAGUACCUGGAAGUGCAGUACGAAUGUGUACCUUACAAAGUGGAACAAAAAGUUUUUCUUUGCCCCGGACUGCUGAAAGGAGUGUACCAGAGUGAACACUUAUUUGAAUCCGACCACCAGUCUGGUGCCUGGUGCAAGGACCCUCUGCAGGCAUCUGACAAGAUCUACUACAUGCCCUGGACGCCUUACCGGACAGACACGCUGACGGAGUACUCCUCCAAGGACGACUUCAUCGCCGGGAGGCCAACCACGACCUACAAACUCCCGCACCGGGUGGACGGCACGGGGUUCGUGGUGUACGACGGGGCUUUGUUCUUCAACAAGGAGCGAACCAGGAACAUUGUCAAGUUUGACUUGCGGACAAGGAUAAAGAGCGGGGAGGCCAUCAUAGCUAAUGCAAACUACCAUGACACCUCUCCCUACCGCUGGGGAGGCAAGUCUGACAUAGACCUGGCUGUGGAUGAGAACGGGCUGUGGGUAAUCUAUGCAACAGAACAAAAUAAUGGCAAAAUAGUCAUUAGCCAGUUAAACCCUUACACGUUAAGGAUCGAAGGAACGUGGGAUACUGCCUAUGACAAGAGGUCAGCUUCUAAUGCCUUCAUGAUCUGUGGGAUUUUAUAUGUGGUGAAGUCUGUGUAUGAAGAUGAUGACAAUGAAGCCACAGGGAAUAAAAUAGACUACAUAUAUAACACUGACCAAAGCAAGGAUAGCAUGGUGGAUGUGCCCUUUCCAAACUCCUACCAGUACAUUGCUGCUGUGGAUUAUAAUCCCCGGGACAACCUCCUUUAUGUAUGGAACAACUACCAUGUUGUAAAAUACUCCUUGGAUUUUGGCCCGCUUGACAGCAGAGCAGGGCAGGCUCACCAUGGGCAGGUUUCCUACAUUGCCCCACCGAUCCACCUCGAUUCGGAUCUGGAGAGACCGCCAUCCAAGGGAGUAUCGACUUCGGGGGCUCUGGGCCCGGGGAGCACCACUGCUAGCACCACACCACGGAUGGCCACCAGCACCACCAGCCGCCCUACCACCACCUCGGCUUCUGGCAGGAGGAACAGGAGCACCAGCACACCAUCGCCCAUGGCCGACGUCCCCGACGAGAUGACCACGCACCUCCCGCCCGCCUCCUCCCAGCUGCCGCCCGCCGGUGCGGAGAGCUGCGACCCCGUGGAAGCCCGUGAUAUCAUGUGGUCUCGGACUCGGCAGGGCCAGGUGGCCAAGCAGCCGUGUCCCAUGGGCUCAAUAGGGGUCGCGACUUUCCGAUGUCUUGCGCCAGAUGGUAUCUGGGAACCCCAAGGACCUGAUCUUAGCAACUGCUCUUCACCCUGGAUCAACCACAUUACUCAAAAGAUGAAGUCGGGGGAGAUGGCUGCCAACAUUGCCCGGGAGCUCGCGGAGCACACCAAAAACCACCUGUACGCCGGUGACAUCGCGUACUCCGUGUCCGCCAUGGUCCAGCUGGUGAACUUGCUCGACGUGCAGCUCCGGAACCUGACUCCAGGCGGGAAGGACAGUGCUGCACGCAGCUUAAAUAAGCUUCAGAAAAGGGAGCGCUCUUGCAGGGCCUAUGUCCAGGCCAUGGUGGAGACGGUGAACAACCUCCUGCAGCCACAGGCUCUGAAUGCGUGGAGGGACCUGAAUGCAAGCGAACAGCAGCGCGCAGCCACCAAGUUGCUCGACACCGUGGAGGACAGUGCCUUUGUGCUGGCUGAUAACCUGCUGAAGACAGACAUCGUCCGGGAGAACACUGACAACAUCCAGCUGGAAGUUGCGAGACUAAGCACAGAUGGGAAUCUGGAAGAUCUGAAAUUUCCCCAGAACAUGGGCCACGGGAGCGCCAUUCAGCUGUCAGCAAAUACCUUGAAGCAAAAUGGUCGAAAUGGUGAAAUCAGGGUGGCUUUUGUACUGUAUAACAACCUGGGCACCUAUCUCUCCACGGAGAAUGCCAGCAUGAAGUUGGGAACAGAGGCAAUGUCAACUAAUCACUCCGUCAUUGUCAACUCCCCUGUCAUCACUGCAGCAAUAAACAAAGAGUUCAGCAAUAAGGUUUACCUGGCUGAUCCUGUGGUGUUUACUGUCAAGCACAUCAAGCAGUCAGAAGAAAAUUUCAACCCGAAUUGUUCGUUCUGGAGCUAUACAAAACGUACAAUGACAGGGUACUGGUCCACCCAGGGCUGCCGCCUCCUGACAACUAACAAGACACACACCACGUGCUCCUGCAAUCACCUAACCAACUUUGCAGUCCUGAUGGCACAUGUGGAAGUUAAGCACAGCGAUGCAGUCCAUGACCUACUCCUGGACUUCAUCACAUGGGUUGGCAUCCUACUCUCACUGGUCUGCCUCCUGAUCUGCAUCUUCACCUUCUGCUUCUUCCGUGGGCUGCAGAGCGAUCGCAACACGAUUCACAAGAAUUUGUGCAUCAGCCUCUUCGUGGCAGAACUCCUCUUCCUCAUCGGCAUCAACCGGACUGACCAACCGAUUGCCUGCGCCGUCUUUGCUGCCCUCCUGCACUUCUUCUUCCUGGCAGCUUUCACCUGGAUGUUCCUGGAGGGAGUGCAGCUCUACAUCAUGCUGGUGGAGGUUUUUGAGAGCGAACACUCCCGGAGGAAGUACUUCUAUCUGGUGGGCUAUGGCAUGCCUGCGCUGAUUGUGGCUGUGUCAGCAGCGGUGGACUACCGGAGCUAUGGCACGGACAAAGUAUGUUGGCUCCGACUUGACACCUACUUCAUUUGGAGCUUUAUAGGACCAGCGACCUUGAUAAUUAUGCUUAAUGUCAUCUUCCUUGGGAUUGCUCUCUAUAAAAUGUUUCAUCAUACUGCCAUACUGAAACCUGAAUCUGGAUGUCUUGACAAUAUCAACUAUGAGGAUAACAGACCCUUCAUCAAGUCCUGGGUUAUAGGUGCAAUAGCCCUACUCUGCUUAUUAGGACUGACCUGGGCAUUCGGACUCAUGUAUAUUAAUGAAAGCACAGUCAUCAUGGCGUAUCUCUUCACCAUAUUCAAUUCUCUGCAGGGAAUGUUUAUAUUCAUUUUCCAUUGUGUCCUUCAGAAAAAGGUACGUAAAGAGUAUGGAAAAUGCCUGCGCACGCAUUGCUGUAGUGGGAAAAGUACAGAGAGUUCUAUCGGCUCAGGAAAAACCUCGGGGUCAAGGACACCUGGAAGAUACUCCACAGGCUCACAGAGCCGGAUUCGUAGGAUGUGGAAUGACACAGUUCGAAAGCAGUCCGAGUCUUCCUUUAUUACUGGAGAUAUAAACAGUUCAGCUUCACUCAACAGAGAAAGUGGAAGGACGCCCAAGCAGGAGCCAGUCUUCAGGCGAGUCACCAUGGAAGACAGUGUCAUCUAGCACCUGGGGCACCCAACAAGCCUGCCUCAGCAAGCCCAUGCCAGCGUACCACCUCAGCCCCUCUGUGCCUCAGUUUACCCAUCCCUCACUUGGGAUCGCGCAACAGGAGAGGCAGGAGAAACUAGCCUCAACAAAACCCUCAGCAAACCCUUGCAUCCCCAAGGAGAAAACAGCCCAGCUGAGAUUCCUGCUGCCCUGUGCAUGGCAGUGCCCUGGAAAGUGCCCUCACCGUUUGGUCGCUCGCCUGUUUUUUAAGAUGAGCAGAACGGGUGAAAAUUGUCUUUUGUAAUAAGAAAUUAGUUUCAUCUGCUCCAAACGUUGACUUUGCAACUUGAUAGCACUUAAAGAUGGCUGAGCGUGCUCACUCCACCAUCCUGAGCCCCUCACCAUGCUUGCAAGCUGGGCUGUAUAAAGUGAACCCACUGGAUCCAGGUUACUGUUGUAAAUACAGACCUGUCUGUGCAAAGAGCUAACAAGGAAAGGAAAAGAGGGACAAAGAAAUAGUCCUUGCACCAGAAGAAGCUGAACUUGCCAACAGGGUACUGUCAAGCAAAGCUGUUGUGUGUAAAUAGGGACUGGUACAUGUGUCCAGCAGCAGCUCUACUUGGCAAAAGCUUCUCGGGGGAAAGCUGCUCAGAUUUUAUUGUCUUGUGUAAAUAGAGAUAUUUUUUUGAAAAAAUAAGCCUUAGUAUCUUGAAGAUAGCGUUUCUCAAUCAGCUCAGCUGGGGAUGGAUAUGUGGGAAACCAUGGAGUCUGCCUGUGGAGGCUGGUGUGGGGUCUUGCAGCCAAGCUGUGCAGUCACGGUGGGUGCAGGAGGCACCUGAAGGAUGACAGACCCAUCCAUCAGAGGACUCGGCAGACAGUUAAUCCUUCAUCCCUGUAAACAGGGUGGACUCACUGGGCCCAUGGUCUCCACUGGUGUAAAUACUCAGCUACAGCCCACAGAGGACUUGGGCUGCUUGGUGCAGUUGUAGGGGGGGUGGGGGUGGGAUGGGCAGAAAUCACCAGAAGGAUUCAAACCCCAUCAGUGUGGUUAUUCCCAGAGUUUUAGCAUUAGUUUAAAAAAAAGAAAAAAAAGAAAAGGAAAAAAAAGAACCCUUGAAGGCUUAUUAAUGGUGUUGGGCCAAUAGUUCAGCUGGCUAAAUGGAGGCAUGCAUAGACAUCUGUGUCAAUGUCAGCCAGUGCCUGUAUGUGCAGUUCUCCUCAGCAUGUUCGCAAAUGCGUGUGCAAGACUGUGCCUGGUGCGGGUGGGUGCCAGCCAGUGCAGGUCCCCAUGUCUGUGUAGCUGUGUCUGUGAGAGAAGAGAGAAUAUGGAUGUGUAUGUUGUACUCGACUUUAUAUGCCCAAGCAAGCUUGAGAAGUCAUAAGUAGUGCUGCCAGGUCCAGCUUUAUUAGCAUUAGCUCAGAGUAGUGUCCGCACCUCUCCAUGGAACGAGGCGUGGUGGGGGUGGCAUUAGGUGAGUAAAAGCUGAUAAAUCUCUGCUCCCCAUUGAGUUGUCAUCCACUGUCCCCUGCCACAGCACAACAGUGGCCAUCUGCAAACACUGCCAGCAGAACAGGGCUGCACUCAGGCACGGGCGCUUGCAGAAUGUGAGCUGCUGCAGAAUGGUACCUGAUGGAAGCUGGAGAAGAGCUUCGGGUGUUCCCCUUCAUCCUUCACAACUACUUAUGCCUUAUUUACUCAGAGUCCAACCAUGUGGAUUCAGCCAGUGCAGGGAAAUUGGAAAAAAAGAAUUGAAAUUAAAAACUGAAAUCGGGGAAAAAAACACACUUGAGAAAAAAAAAGAUAUUUUUGAAAAUUACACAGAAUAACUUUCUCUAGACCUAGAAGACUCUCUUCAGCCUAGCAUUUUCUAGAAAGCAGGGCCAGCAUGAAGUGUCCUUCCCCAUUAAAAAGCCAGAUAGUAUCAACCAACAUAUUUAGAAUAGUGUUGGGGGCAAAGCCCCUAUACCUUUGCUAGGAAUGGCCAGUGGGCAAUAAACAGAAAUUGGAAGCUGCUUUAAAUGACUGAGGAGUGCGGGUAUCUAGAGAGGUAAUUUGCUUGCAGUGGUUCAAGGUGAGCUGCAAGGGUUGGUCUUUUCCUCUUGAGUACUUGAAUACCUCCUCUGUCAUCCAGCUCUCUCUGGCUGCUGUUGCCAUUAACACCUAACAACUGCUAGUGCCAAGUUAUUUACAUAUUUAUCACAUUUAUUUAUUUAUCAAACCAGUGCACAGAGGACACUGUGCUUUCAUUUGCCACAUGUGGAUGCCUCUUCCCUUGCCUGCUUCUCCAGCCUUGUGUAGUGUCCCUAGGCAAGGUGACCAUUGUCUUGGCGAGGGCUGCAACUGCAGGAAAGAAGACAUUCCCUGUUUUUCCACUAGGUUGCAGGAAAGCAGAAAUCCACUGGGUUGUGUUGAGUGGUGGAUUUUUUUUUCAUUAGAGCCCUCACUAUUAGUUUCUCUCCCCAGACAAUCCCAUCAUCCUGCACCUUAAACCCUUGCCAUUAUGUCUAGAAGAGUUAUUCUUGGAGGCGUUUACAACAACCUGUAAUGUUUCUCUCUUUUUCCAACCCUGAAGAGGCUGACACCCAGUAACUGACAGUUGUAAUGAUGAGCCAGACCAACCCCAAGUCCUAAUAAAAAUGAUGAAUCCCAUCCACUGCAUCCGUAUUGAUGGCACACAGGUUAUGUGCGGAGGUGAGCCAGUGAGGAGAGGGAGGCAGAUAUUCACUGAAGAUUGUGUCUGGGAGGUGCUGUUACCAAACCCACCCAGCCGCUGGGUUCCCCAGGGCAGACUUUUGAUUUAAUCCAGCCCUGAGUCAGUAGUGAUUGACAUUUCACUUGCUUUCCAUAUCUUAACUGGACUUCCUUACUCCUCAGGCAUGGAAUGAAUCUUAAUACAUUGUAAUUACUGUACUCCUGGUGGUGAACCAGUAUGAAAAGCUAUCAUGGAGAGCAUUAAUAAAAUGUACAUUAUGAAAAA